UGCUGUCUCUGAAAGUAAAAUGAACAGGUAGUAAAUAAUAAUUUUUUUUAUUGUUGACCAUAGCAUGACAAUCUUAAGAUUUUUGUUCCCAGAAGCAUUUGUGAUACAUUUUUGAGGUGGAGAGGUAUUAGAGGUCCAUUCCUUUAUUUAUUUAUUUUUUUAACUUAUCAUAUAAAACCUAAUAUGUUUAUUAUGUAACUGUUUAAACUAUUUAAAAAAUCAGGCAUCUUACUGAAUGUGCUCAAAUAACCAUAUUAUCAAAAGUUUUGUAGACACCAGUGAAAAUGUCACAACUUUUAUUUUACUGUAAUGUGAUCAGUUGGUUGGGAACCCUUAAAAGCUGGUGAAUUUAAUGAAAAUAAUAAUAAUAAAAAAAUGUAUAUUAGAAAAAUAUACAAAACACUUCUUGAAUGACAAAAAAAAAAAAAAAAAAAAAGAUUCUCAAAAACCCUUAUUACCAGCAAAUAUCAUUUAAAAAGCAAAAUCUAUAUUUAGGUGUCUCUGCCUAUAAAAAAACACAUAACAAAUAAUAUAAUACAUUUACAGUAUGACUUAAAUGUCACCAUAAGAUGCUUAUGUAAUAGGUCAAGGUAUUUAUAAAUUCUAUCAAAUGCUAUUUUGUGUUUUUAAGGUUAAGUUUUUUUGCUCAGCUGCACUAUGCUUUUGCAAAGUUUGUCAUUUGCUGAAAUCAGUAAAUCCUUCCAAACUCUGUUUUUCUAAGCUUAUGCCUGUUAAAGCAACAUUCAUUAUCCCCAAAAAUAUUGCAUAUUUUUCUCUUCAUUACAGUGUGACACAAGACUACUUGGAAGUGAAAUGGAAUCUCCCACUCAGCAUUUCUUUUAAGGAAAAAGAUGAGGCUUCUUUCUUGCUUGCUGUGAUAAAUGACAUCAACAGCUCCACAAUUCACUUCAAGCUCUCGCCAGCAUAUGCGUUUUAUUUGGUUGGACGAUUUUUAACCGGCCAACCAGGGCAGAGGAAUAAACCUCACCAACAGACUGAACAAAGACUUUGCAGUAUAUUUGGCAAGUUUGUGAGCUUGAUUCAAAACAUUAUUGAGAAACAGAGGAACAUCGCAGUGGCUCUUGCCUUCUGGUUGGCCAACGCGUCCGAGCUCCUGAACUUUGUCAGAAGAGACAGAGAUCUGUGUCCAAUCACACUCCAGGCUCAAAACACUCUUGCUCAACUUGUGCAUCAGGCUUUCAGGUACCUGUCACAUCGGCUUCAGGUUGAUCUUGAAAACCACUUGCCUGCAUUCUUUGCUGAUGUAAAAAAGGAAACAACUCAGGCAAAAGAAAUAGAAGGCAUCUUGAACACUCUCAUAAAGACCAUGAGUUUGCUCCGAAGAUGUCGGGUCAACCCUGCUCUAAGCAUCCAGCUCUUUUCUCAACUCUUUCACUUCAUGGGGGCCUGGAUCUUGAACCAGUUCACUGCACCGGGAUCAAAGUUGUGCUCAAACUACUGGGGCAAAAUUCUACGGCAGCGUCUGAGACACGUAGAGGCCUGGGCAGAAAGACAAGGGCUGGAGCUGGCUGUUGACUGUCAUCUUAGUCGUAUAAUCCAGGCGACAAUGCUCUUGACCAUGACUUCUUACUCUACACGGGAUGCCCUGAUGAUUCAGUCCACAUGUUACAAGCUGAACUCCCUACAGCUAAGAGCACUGAUGAGCAAAUAUCACUACGUCCCAAAUCAACCCCACUUUCCAGCCGCACUGAUAGAGCGCGUAGCCGGCUUGGCAGAGACAUCAACAGACAUUCUGAGAGGAGAGGGAGGAGAAAUCCGACUGGAAGAGGAAUUAGAGCUUCACCUGCCUUUCCUGCUGCCUGAGGAUGGUUAUUCAUGUGAUUCCAUGCGUGGCAUUCCGAAGGGAUUUCAGGAGUUUUUAGAGCCCAUCUGUCGCAAAGGUCUUUGCAAAUUAAUUCCUCAUUCCAACUGUGUUGGGACUUGGACCAUUUUCUUUGACCUGUCAGAUUGUUCCACAGAGAUUUCAACUUGGAAACCUGAUCCAGUGAAAAUAACUCUGAAGAAACCUCUGCAUGGUGGAAUGGGAGUGAGCAUUGUAGCAGCCAAGGGGGCUGGACAGGAGAAGCUUGGCAUUUUUAUCAAAUCUGUCGUCCAGGGAGGAGCAGCUAAUGUGGUCAGUAUCAUUGUGCAAAAAACAAAAACAUGAACCAUAAAU